UGUUUAUUAAAUAAAUGGUCAAUGACGUAGUCGUGGGAAAAGGAAUAAGAAAGUUUCGCAUGAGUGUAAUGAGGAGAUGACUCAAUAUAAAGUCAUAUGAAAUAUCAAGUGCAAUUAAAAAAAAGUCAAUUUUACCACGAUGAUAGGAAAACUUGAACUGGAAGAGUGUCUUAGGGAUUCGCCGAAAUUUAGGAGUUACUUGGAGGAAGAAGAAGGUAGUAUAGAUCAGCUAGAGCAAAAAUUAGAUAAAAUACUCAAAAUAUGUGGAUCAAUGGUAGACAGUGGAAAAACAUAUGUUGCUCAACAAAGUUUAUUUGCAAACAGCCUUUGGGAUUUGAGCACCCAUUUUCGAGAAGAUUCAGUGGUGCUUUCCUCACUCAAUAAACUUAUUCAUAACUUACAAGAAAUGAACAAAUUCCAUACAACCCUUUUAGAUCAAGCAUCCAGAAGUAUUCUUAAGAAUCUCACCUCAUUUGUAAAGAAUGAUAUAAAAAAUGUCAGAGACUAUAAGCAACAUUUUGAGAAAAUUUCUAAUGAAUAUGACACUGUUCUUGUAAGAAAUUCGCAAACUCCUAGGAACAAACAGCAAGAAGUUAUAGAUGUGCAAAAUAUACUUUUAGCUGUUAGGUCAUGCUUUUGCCACCAAGGUUUGGAUUAUAUCAAUAGCAUUACAACUUUGCAGUCAAAGAAAAGACAUGAAAUACUUAGUACUUUAUUAUCUUAUAUGCACGCCUGCAGUACUUAUUACCAUCAGGGUUCAGAAUUGUGCGCAGAUUUGGAGCCAUUUUUCAAAAAACUUUCUACAGAGAUCGGUGAAAUGCAGUAUGAAACCUACAAAAUUGGUAAAGAACUAGAAAACCGUCAUGCAAUUGUAUCAAAUUCAGAUUUCGUUCCUAAGGAGAUGAACGGCAAGGAUGGCAUAAUAAUGGAAGGUUAUUUGUUCAAGAGGACGUCUAACGCCUUCAAAACUUGGAACAGGAGAUGGUUUCAUUUGUACAAGAACAAACUCGUAUAUAGGAAACGGUCUGGGGAAGAGGGAGAAACUAUUAUGGAGGAUGAUUUGAGAAUAUGCACUGUUAAACCUGUAAUGGAAGGAGAAAGAAGAUUUUGUUUCGAGGUUCUCUCUCCAUCGAAAAGCCACAUGCUCCAAGCAGAUUCUAAGGAAAUGUACAAUGCUUGGAUAGCCGCUUUACAAAAAGGUAUUGGAGCGGCAAUUCAAAGAAUAAGUACCUGCGAUUCAGGUACUGAUAGUUUAAGUGCUUCCUUCAAUUUGGAUUCCAGAAAUGAAAUAGGAAAGAAUGGUUCUGUGAGAAACAACACAAAAUUCAAGAAGACAAAGAUGUGGGAGCAACUUGUCAAGAUACCUGGAAAUAACGUAUGCUGCGAUUGCGGCAGUUCAAAUCCGAAGUGGGCCAGUAUAAAUUUGGGUAUAACACUGUGUAUCGAGUGUUCGGGAGUGCAUAGAAGCUUGGGCGUUCAUUACAGUAAAGUGAGAUCGUUAACGUUGGACGAUUGGGAACCGGAGAAUGUAAAAGUAAUGGCGGAACUUGGCAAUUUGAUUGUAAACAAAGUGUACGAAGCCAAUGUUCCAGAUAGUUUUAUUAGAGCUUCUUCUAAUUGUGCGGGACAAAUUCGAGAGAACUGGAUCAAGGCCAAAUACGUAGACAAGAAAUUCGUCAAAGAACUGCCCCAGCUCACAUCUUCGCCCACCGAGAGGCAGUCCAGGUCCAGCCUGAUGGAGGUCAGGAAAUGGUCGGUGAGAAAGAUUCGAAGGAGGCCCAGAAGCUGCGACAAUUCCAGGAAGAAGAGGGACAAGUCCAAGAACAAGGAACCUAUCCCGGAGGACGAAUCAGACAGUGCCAUAGAGAAGGGGGACAAGAGUCCGGAGAGUUCUGGAUCAGAUUUCGAGAGGAGGCAGAGCGUUCUUCUGUUCGGUAGCGAUCUGGAGAAGCAACCUUUGAACGAGGCCAUAGAUCUGAGCAGCGAUCAGGAGUCUACAGGGGAAGACGACGAGGAUAUUUUAGAAGCUGAAGAUAUAUCGAAGUUACACCCGAACUUGCUCCUGUACAAGGCUUCGGCUGCUCAUAACUUACCUGUGAUGUGUGAGGCUAUGGCCCUAGGGGCCGAUAUCAAUUGGAACAACCCCGAAGACAGGGGUAGAACGCCCUUACAUCAGGGAGUGCUCAGCGGUUCCGUAAUGCCUUGCGCCUACCUUAUACUGAACAACGCAAGGGUGAACUCCCAAGAUCAGAACCUGAAAACCGCGUUGCAUAUAGCUACCCAAAAAGGACACACUGCCCAAGUAUGCCUGUUCCUAAAACACAGAGCCAAUAUAGCCAUAGAGGACGAUGAGGGUAAAACGGCAUUGGCCAUGGCUGAACAAAAGAAAAAUGCCGAUAUUGUAACCCUGCUGAGAAUAGCUCGGUUCAACGAGGAGAUGAAAGAGUGCGAACCUGGCCUUACGGGAGACGAAAUGUUCAACGACGUGGUGAGGGACUUCUCGCAAAUGGCCUGUUCCCAUCCAGAAAGACUGCAAAGAUCGGGAGAUGAUGCUUGAAGGUAUUUGAAUCAUACAGUAAAUUUAAAUCUGCUUGUCUCUAGCAGAACAGUCAUAUAAUAUAAGAAAUUAUUGUGUGCUUACUGUAUGCCGAAUAGAGUAAGCAUUGAGGUGCUAAUAAUAUAUAGAGCACUCAAUCAAGUGUCAAUUAUUGAUUUGUCUUAUCUUGAAGAUGUUGGAUUGUCCUGAAAGUGAUAUUUUAUCAAGAAAUAAUAAAAAAAAUACUCUCUUUCCGUUGAAUUGAUUUAUUAGUUGUUUUUUUUUAUAAAUUUUCUAUUGAGUAUACAGGAGGAUGUGUAGAAAGGUACAAAACUGCCUAAUGGUUGAAACACUUGUGAUAAUAUUCUUGAUUUUAGUCACUUCUGGGAUAACCUAACAUAACCUAACCUAACCAAGCAGUUUCCAGUAAAGUAGAAUGAAAUUUUGUAUUAGGAGUACUUUUUACGGUGGAUUGGUAGGAACUGUGAUUUUAGCACUCAUAGCAUUCCUUUUUAUUCCUAAUUUUUUUCUUAUAUCGAAAGGUGCAUAAAUAUCUUUAUUUUAAUUGAAAUAAAAAAAUUUACUCGUCUCUAUAUUUCUCCAUGACAUCACCAGUAUUAUUUCUUCUUCAUUCCAAAUAUCUAUAGAUUUAUGCUCAUUUUAAUCUACCAAGUGCCUUUCCAACAAGCGCUGACUCAACCACCAAGUCAAAUACCAAAAAAAUUUAGAUGAAAUUU